AUGUUUGAUGAUUUCCUCGACAACUCUAGGAAUGUAGAUAAGGAGGAACCCGAUAAAGAUGUGCAACAUGAACAUGUUUCAGAAGUGCGUGUAAAAGAGACUGUUAACGAAUUAAAUCUGCCUACGAAAGAUUUGAGUUCAUUCGCGAAGAUGAAAAGAAAUAGCGUAGAAGGUAGCGUGGAAGACGACAACGUGGACGCGGCAAUGAAAUUCGCGAGCUUCGUGACGCUGAGACAUAGACCGUCAAUACACCACCAGAGAAAAAUCAUACCGGCGAUAAAUCUGUUCAGGAAUGUAGAUAAGGAGGAACCCGAUAAAGAUGUGCAACAUGAACAUGUUCCAGAAGUGCGUGUAAAAGAGACUGUUAACGAAUUAAAUCUGCCUACAAAAGAUUUGAAUUCAUUCGCGAAGAUGAUCACCAAAACUGCUGCUAAACCUGCGGUACAAAGUACCGUGAACAUCCUUCCAGUGGAAAAUAUAAUUUAUGAAGCUGAGGAGGUGCCACUAUUACCGAAAGCGAUAUUAGAUGCGACUACUUCAGAAAGAGGCACUAGUCGAGAAGUGUUGCAAACAUCGUACAAUAUAAAAGAAAAACUGACGAAAGUACCACAUACCAACAUUGGAAUCAUUGAAUUAUUGUCAAGUGCGAAAUUAGCUUCGGAAACACAUAAUUUGUCCGUAAGUCGAGAAGUGUUGCAAACAUCGUACAAUAUAAAAGAGAAACUGACGAAGGUAUCACAUAUACCAACAUUGGAAUCAUUGAAUUAUUGUCAAGUGCGAAAUCAGCUUUGGAAACUAUUAGAAGAAAGAAGUAAAAGAGACCGUAGGGAAGAGGUAACUCAAGCGAUUUCUUUUAGACUUGAUAGAGAUGUUUAUGUCUGGGGUCACAACAUAGAGAAACAAUUGAAUCCUUAUAGAAAUAUAGGAGAUCAUUAUCUUUCUUCUCCUAUUCAGAUAAAUAAAAAACCUGGUGUAAACAGAGUAUCCGACAUUGCCACCGUAGACAGCGCAAGCGCUAUCAAAUCUAGUAUAAAUGGAUUCAUUUAUAUAUGGGGUUCAUUAUGUGGUCAAUCUAUUAAUAAACCUAUCUGUGAAUAUAUAAACAUAUUUAACAUAUGCGACUCAAUGAUGGGCCAAUCGCCAGUAUCUAUGGCAUAUAUAGACGAUGAAAAGUACAUAUUGAAUAAUUUAGAAGCUGCGUUCAACGAUCAUGUGGAUACUUGUGAUCUAGAACCUGAGAUGAAAGAUUUGAAUCCGGAAGAAGGUAAGAAAUAUUGUGUUCAAACACAGACUGAUAGCCCAGACCCUAAUUUAAAAAGAACAAAAAUCUGCUAUUGUAGUUCUGGAUGGUUAAAGACAGCUAGCAAAACCUUUCAAGAGACUUAUAAACAAGAAGUAGAAAGAAAAGAAAGGAGAAAAGAGAAGAAGAUAAAGCAAGAAACUGACAAGAAGGCUGAAGAGGAAGACACUCUUAUUUGA